CUUCUUUCAUUCUUUGAGUGGCGUCGAUGACGGCGACGCGCGCGUCCGCAACACAUGUAUGUAGGACCACUCUGUCGGUACAUGUAGGAGGUAGCCAAACCACAUUUCUCACCACAACGAACGCACCAUCAACAACCCCCAAUUCCGUCAAGAACACCAAUUUCAACGAAAUAACGAAAAAAAGCAAUCACCAUGGCCGACCAACAACAACCAAUAAGCAAACAAUCUCGCGCCUCAGAAUUCAUGCGAUCAGCCGGGACCGUCAAUGAUCCCGACCACAAACUGUGGGGUCCUGUCAAAUGGGUUGCGCAAAUGGUGCAAUAUUUGAUUGCUUUGGUCAUGAUCACAAUUGCAGAAGGUUUCAAAUCGAUAGUGAGCGGAGAGAGACCGAAGGGUCGGAGACCGAAGCAGUCGAGGAUGGAGUGAUGAUGAUGAUGACGAUAAUGAUGAGUCGUAGGAGAGGAAGGGGGGAGGAGAAGGAGAUGUUUCGUUCUCUCUUCCUUCUUGAUGAUGAUGAUGAUGUGCGCGACGGUCCGCGACCUGAUGAAUAUAGAGUUCUAGUCUGAGUGAGAGAGAAAAAGUGAGAGAGACAUAGAGCACAGAGAGAGAGAGAGAGGGCAAACGAGAGAGAGAGAGAGAGAGAGCAGAGGGAGCGAGCGCGCGCGUCGACUGUGUCAGUCAGUAUACACACGCGUGACCCGAGCAUUCCCGACGAGCAGCAAUUUCAUCUACAGUAUACAGUCCUCCACUUACCCGAAAGUCGCACAGCGGAAAAAAAGUGCGUUGUGCAAUCAUAAGUCGGUAGUAGUCUCAGAAAGAGUGUGAU